AUGUGCCGUGAUCGGACUACCCUUCAAUGUGCUCACGAUUCAGCGCAUCUACUCAUCACUGCCCCAAUCUACUUUCUGUCUCUCCGCGUUUCCGUACAGGUUCUCCCAUUCCUGUUAAUGGGACUUGGCGUGGAUGGGGUCUUCACAUUGACUACUUGUCACGACUGUUGCGUGGCUCGGCGAGCCACUUGUUCCGCGCUGAAUUCGAAUUCAUCCAAAGCGUCCUCUUUGACACCCUGGGCUUCGAAUUCGUCCAUCGCCACCUGUUCUUCCGGUUCGACGGGGACUUCGUCCACUUACUACUCUUCCCUGUCCUCGGCAACUUCGUACACUGCUCCUGUGCUGGCUCAGCAUGGUCCCAGUCUUUUGUACGGCACGAUAGCGAUCGCAGGUGCUUUCUUCUCAGCUGCCUAUAUCCCGAUCCCGUUGAUGCGUCAAUUCUGUUUGCAAGCUGGAAUUCUUGUCCUCGUGCAAUCGGCCUCCGUAUUUCUACUAUUUCCCGUGCUUCUCCAAUUCGACGGACUGCGUCGAUCGCAAAGACGUUUAGACAUUCUGUGCUGCCUUCGACAUCCGGCUGCUCUGGAUGCUACGACCACCUCACUACUCCGCCCGAUCAAUCAUCCAGUUUACACUUCAUCCACCUCGGCAUCACAUGUUCGUCUCCGGCGCCACGUUGAUCGUCUCAAUGUGAUCAAUCACCUGACUCCAAUGCCCCGGGAUCACAUCACCGAUAUUACCUGUUCCACUUUGGGUGGCACGGAACACGCAUGUGCUCUGGGUAGCAGCCACACCGUGCAUGCCACAGUCACUGUGCAAGGGUUGGGCGAAAAUGCACCAACUGUGACAAACACAACAACCACGACUUCGUCGUCGUCGUCGUUAGCUGCUGCUGUUGCCACUACGACCAACACCAUCCCAGGUGUUUCCAAAUCGACCGGAUCCGAACGGGAUGUGCCCUGUGCCGGUCGUGUGAAAAAGUGUUGCCCAGUCACGCAAUUUCAUUCAGAGAUACCGGACAGUGGAGUCGCUCAAACGUCCGUUCAUCACUAUGCUUCUCGUUCCCACACGCCCAGUCGUACUUUGGUCAGUCGAAUCGGUAUGAUCGAGCGUUCAUCUCGUCCAUCCAGUUCACUGCUUGUCCGAUUUUCUCGGCGUCUGGCUCUAUUACUCACCUAUCAUUGGUCAAUUCAGGUGGUGAUUUGCCUACUGGGUUGUAGUCUGUUCAUUGUGACAGGCUAUAUACUACGUUGUUGUUUGCAUUUAGGCCUAGAUUGGGCUAGUCUGACCCCAAUGGACACAGUCGAAUACGGGUUUGUCAAGGCGUCGGAAAAAGCGUUCGGUUUGUACAAUUUUCAACUGGUCGCUCGUGGCACCGAUUUACCCGGAUCCCGACCAGCCCCAUUGUCUGCCUCCUCACCGCUUACAGUUGCAUCUGCCGUGUCACAGACCGGAACAAGUUCCGCGAAUCGUUUGCUGCGGAUGGGAACCACUUCAACUGGUCGAGUCGAUUCUGUCUCUGGUGGUGUUUUGGCAUCCCCCGGUGGACUGACACGCACAGGCACAAACGUGGCCACCGUAGGUCGGGGAAUCGAUUUUCCCAUGCAACAGCGCCGUUUGCAGUACUUAUAUGCGCGACUGCUGCAACUUCCCGGAGUGAUGCUCGCUGGUCGUCAGGUUUGGCUCACCAUGAUGCGUGACUGGCUCCAACACGUCCAAGAUGCGUUUGAUACAGAUCGAGCUCGUGGUCAAAUCACCGAACAAGGCGAAUGGAGUGCCAAUGCGACGGAACUCGGUGUGCUUGGAUUGCGCCUGAUUGUUCAAACAGAUCGUGGACCGGAACUGGGCCGCGUAAGUUUGCCCUCGAAAGUUGUAGUUUCACUUUAA